GAGAGAGCGUGAAGGUCGGGGGUAGGGUUUCUCCGUGGAGUGUUAGCAAUUUUAAAUUUUGUUCUUCUUCUUCUUCGAAUCUCUGACGUAUCUCUCACAUAAACCACACACAAAAUACAGCUUCAUAUUCUUGCCCUCAUUCCCCCCCCCCCCCCUCUCUCUAUUAUUAUUAUUAUUAUUAUUUCCUUUGACAAUCAAUUAGUAUGUUUGGUUGCUGAGUUUUGUGGUCUAAUUGGUGAGGAAAAUGAAGCGUGAGGGAAGCUUUUCGUGUUGUGGGUGCUGCUGACUUGUUUGAAACCGUUUUGAAUUGCUGAGUGAAACAGCGAGUGGGUACGGUAGUAUUGAAUUAUUACUGAAAGGGUUUUUGGAAUUUGAGAGAUGCCGGAGGAAGAACAAGUGGAGCUCAAGUUCCGUCUCUACGAUGGAUCCGAUAUUGGGCCAUUUCGUUACUCCCCAACUUCCACUGUAUCCAUGCUCAAGGACAGGAUUCUUGCGGAGUGGCCAAAAGAUAAGAAAAUUAUACCAAAGGCAGCAAAUGAUAUAAAACUGAUAAAUGCUGGCAAAAUUUUGGAGAACAACAAGACAGUUGGCCAGUGUAGAGUGCCUUUUGGUGAGCUUCCUAAAGGGAUUAUCACCAUGCAUGUUGUGGUACAGCCAUCUCAGGCUAAAGCAAAAACAGAGAAAAAAAUUGAUGAGGUGCCCAGAAAACAUUGUUGUGCAUGUUCGAUAUUGUGAGAACCCAUCAUUAUGGAGGGUUAGGCUGCUGAUCUUGCCUUAGUGUUUGCUGGGAUAUCCGAGGUCAUGGAAAUGCCUAGCUGGGAAGACAAUAAUUUGUAGAACAGUUCCAUCCCCUCCUCAUAGUUCAAGGUUGUUGGAAGGCAUUCCUGUGUAGCAAUGCUUAUCAGUGAUGAUUUUCUCAUGUUCUAUAAAAUUGGUGUUUGAUGUAUCUAGGUGGAUGCAUUCUAUAUCACAAAAUCAAAUAUAUAGUAUAGAAAAAGGUUCAAUUACUGUCUUCUAAGAAUGUUGAACAGUAUUUUCUACCGGAAUGAUCAUACCCGUUUCUUGUGCAUUGCGUGUUUCAUUGAUAAC